AUGAUCCACACCUUUCUUGGGGAGCUUCCCGAGCUUAGCAGUAGCCAUAUAACUCUUUUGCCUUCCGUGUCCACAAAACUACAUCUACUGCGUUUCGCGUCGCGCCUCUUUCUCGUCCGGGCCGUGCACUACCCCGCGCCGCAGGUGCACUUUCCCGAGUCCCAGGUGUUCCAUACACUGCACCAGGCGGUCAAAGCAUGUGCAUCAGGUGCGAAACCGGAUUCCCGAGGGGGACAUUCGCCCCACACGUCCUCCUAUCUCUCAUCCCGUCCUCCCCUCUCUCACCCCCCUCGAAAGCUCUCUCAUCCCCUCCUUCCCAAAACUCAUCCCCUCCUCCCAUCGCUCCUCCUCUCUUGUUAUCUCUCAUCCCGUCCACCCCCCCCCUCAACCCCUCCCUCCUCCCCUCAUCCCCGCCUUCUCUCGUCCCGUCCUCCCCUCUCACAUCCCCCCCUCCCCUAUCUCAUACCUCCUUCCCUCUCUCAUCCCCUCCUCCUCUCUCUCAUCCCCUCCUCCCAUCGCGAAUCCCCUCCUCCCAUCGCUCCUCCCAUCCGUCCAUCUCUCAUCCCGUCUUCCCAUCGCGCGUCCCCUUUUUCCAUCUCUCAUACCCUCCUCCCGUCGCCUAUUCCCACCCUCCUUCUCUCAUCCCCGCCUCCCCGCUCUCCUCCCCUCCGUCCUUCUCUCAUCCCGUGCUCCCCUCUAUCAUCCCAUCCCUCCCUCUCUCAUCCCCUCCUUCCCUCACUCAUCCCCUCCUCCCAUCGCUCGUCCCCCCUUUCCAUCUCUCAUACCCUCCUCUCAUCCCUCCUCCCCUCCCUCCUUCUCUCAUUCCCGCCUCCCCUUGCUCCGUGCAUCUUACCAUCUCUCAUGGCGUCCUCCCAUCUCCCAUCCUCCCAUCCCUCCUUCUCUCAUACCCGCCUCCCCUCUCUCCUCCCCUCCGUCAUACUCUCAUCCCGUCCUCCCCUCUAUCAGCCCAUCCCUCCAUCUCUCAUCCCCUCCUCCUUCCUUCUCUCAUCCCCUCCUCCCAUCGCACGUCCCCCUUUCCCAUCUCUCAUACCCUCCUCCCAUCUCCCAUUCCCCCCCUCCUUCUCUCAUACCCGCCUCUCCUCGCUCCUCCCCUCUAUCAUCACAUCACUCCUUCUCUCAUCCCCUCCCUCCCUCACUCAUCCCCUCCCUCCCCCACGCAUCCCCUCCUCCCAUUGCUCCUCCCCCCUUUCCAUCUCUCAUCCCCUCCUCAAUUCUCUCAUCUCCACCCUCAUUCUCUCAUCCCCGCCUCCCCUCCCUCCUCCCAUCUUACCUUCUCUCAUCCCCUCCUCCCCUCUCUCAUCCCCUCCUCCCCUCUUUCAGACCAUCCUCCUUCUCUCAUCCCGGCUGUCCUUCACUCGUCCCCUCCUUCCUUCUCUCAUUCCCUCCUCCCAUCGCUCCACCCCAGUUCCUUCUCUCAUCCCCUCCUCCCAUCCCACCUUCUCGCAUCCCCUUCCUCCUUCUCUCAUCCCCGCCUCUCCUCGAUCCUCCCCUCCGUCCUUCUCUCAUCCCGUCCCUCCCUCACUCAACCCCUCCAUCCCUCGCUCAUCCCCUCAUCGCCUCUCCCAUCCCCUCCUCUCCCAUCUCAUCCAAUCCGGAGCCUAUCUCAUUCCCUCCUCUCCUCUCUCAUCUCCUCCUCCCCUGUCUCUUCCCCUCCUCCCCUCUCUCAUCCCCUCAUUCCCUCUAUUAUUUCCUCCUCACCUCGCAUUCCCCCCCACUUUCCAUUUCUCAUCCCGUCCUCACAUCUCUCAUGACCUCCCCCUUUCUCUCACCCCCGUCCCCCCUUCACUCAUCCCUCCCUCUCCUUUCUCAUUCCCUCCUUUCCUCUUUCAUCCAUUAUCAUCCCCCUCUAUCCUCUCAGGACCAUGUCCUCCUCCCUCUCAUCCCUCCCUCUCCACUAUCAUCUCGUCCUCCCCUCUCUCAUCCCUCCCGUCCCUCUCUCCUCCCGUCCCCCACUCACUCAUCCCUCCCUCUCCUUUCCCAUCCCGGACUCUCCUCUCUCAUCCCUCACUCUCAUCUCUCAUCCCGUCCUCCCCCUCUCAUCCGUCCAUCUAUCGUCCCUUCCUCCGCUCUCACGUCGUCUCCUCUCCUCUUUCAUCCCGUCCUCCCCUCUCUCCUCCCGUCCUCUCCUCACUCCUCCCGUCUUCUCCUCUCUCCUCCCGUCCUCUCCUCUCCCAUCUCGUCCUCCCCUCCCUCAUCCCUCCCUCAUCCCUCGCCACGCCACGAUGUAAGUUCCCGAACGCCGCUUCAUCGCCGCCACGCCACCCCGCUAAUGCAAUCGCGUCCACAUCACCGCCACGCCGAUGCGCCUCCUCAACGGCUUGCAGCCUCCAUGUCGCGCCUCAUCGCCUACGCCUCCACCGCCACCUCGUUACCUCCAAGGACGAAACCCGAUCCCUUUUCCGUUCCCAUCUCUCCCAAGGUCGCAACUCCCUUUUCCCCCAUGUCGCACUUCCCCUUUCCCCCAAGUCGCACCUCCCCUUCCGAGCAAAGUCGCACCGCCACUAUCCCCCAAGUCGCACUUCCCCUUUCCACCUAACUCGCACUUCAACUUCCCCACAGGGCGCUCCUCCCCUUUACCCCAGGUCGCACCUCCUCUUCCCCCAGGUCGCACCUCCUCUUCCCUCAGGUCGCACCUCCUCUUCCCCCAGGUCGCACCUCCUCUUCCCCCAGGUCGCACCUCCUCUUCCCCCAGGUCGCACCUCCUCUUCCCCCAGGUCGCACCUCCUCUUCCCCCAGGUCGCACCUCCUCUUCCCCCAGGUCGCACCUCCUCUUCCCCCAGGUCGCACCUCCUCUUCCCCCAGGUCGCACCUCCUCUUCCCCCAGGUCGCACCUCCUCUUCCCCCAGGUCGCACCUCCUCUUCCCCCAGGUCGCACCUCCUCUUCCCCCAGGUCGCACCUCCUCUUCCCCCAGGUCGCACCUCCUCUUCCCCCAGGUCGCACCUCCUCUUCCCCCAGGUCGCACCUCCUCUUCCCCCAGGUCGCACCUCCCCUUCCCCUCCACUUCCCCUUCCCCUCUACUUCCCCUUCCCCUCCACUUCCCCUUCCCCUCCACUUCCCCUACCCCCGCGGGUCUCUCCUCUCCUUUCUCCCAGGUCGCUCCUCCCUGUCCCCCAGGUCGCUCCCCCCCUUUCCCCCAUGUCACACUUCCCGAUUUUUCCUCACAGAGCACCUUAUCAUUCCCUCACAAUGCACUACCCCUCCCUUCACUAAGACUUCCUCUCCCCUCCAAUCCCUUUUAUUCUCUUCGCUUCCCCCCCUUGCUUCCUCUAAUUUCCCCCUUGCUUCCUCUAAUUUCCCCCCUUGCUUUCCCUACGUUCCCCCCUUGCUUCCCCUCCUUUUCCCCCCUGCUUGCCCUCAUUGGUUCCGUGAUUCGCGUCCUCACUGUUUUUCUCUUGCCUACCCACCUGUUCGCCUGUGCUUGCCCUCUCAGUGUCCUUGUCAUGUCCCCCCGUGUCCUCCUCUCCCCCCGUGUCCUCCUCUCUCCUCCUUGUCCUCCUCUCUCCCCAGUGCCCUCCCUUCUCCCUUCUCUUUCCCUCAUGUACCACCCUCCUUUCCCUUAUUUCCCCUCUCCAACCCCUCAUUUCCUACCCUCUUUCCCUCUGUUUCCCCCUUUUCUUCCCCGUUGCUCUAGGUUUUCCCCCUUGCGCCUUCAUUUCCCACAAUGCUUCCCCUCUUUCCCCCCCUGCUUCCCCCCAUUCCCCCACCUCCUUCCCCUCGUUCCCUCCCCCUCCCCUCCCCCCCCCCCCCCCCCCUGCUCUCCCUUUCCCACCUGCGUGCCCACUCAGUUUCCGUGCUGCUUGUCCCUGUUUCUCCCGCCCCCCCGCCCUUCUCCCUUGUGA